GUGUCCACGAGAUGGCGAUAGCUACUCGUUAGUUAUCUGUGGCUCUAAGGAUGCUGGGAAGUUUCCGCUACGGAAGUGUCACUGGACAGAGGUUGCUAGCUGAACGUUAGGUAAAGUUAGCAGAGAGACCACAGAGGAAGAGGGACCUCCAAACAUGGAGGACACAAGCACUGUGAUGUCGUGGUUUUCCAGCCCCGUGUACAACCGCUACUGGCAACACUACUACCAGGCCAUGGCUUGGCACCAGAGACACAGACGUGCCUACCGUAAAGCCCUGGAGGCCGCCUAUGGCCCCGGCUACAGCCAGGAGCAGUUUCCCUGCAGCCCGCAGCGCUACGCAGACUGGCACGCCCCAAAGAGUGACAAGGGCGACGAGGGGGAUGAGGAGAGCAGCUCUGACAGCGAGAUCGAGUGCGAUGUCAGUAACAUGGAGAUCAGCGAGGAGCUACGGCAGUACUUUGCCCAGACGGAGAGACACAGAGAGGAGCUGAAGAAGCAGAUGGAGGCCGAGCAGCAGGACUGCUACGUGCUGGCCGACCAGGACCUGCGCAGCGGCUCCCAGAAAAGCACCGGAGCUCCUCCCAUCGAGCGACCGGGUGAGAGACGCGUGGCCGAGAUGAAGAAGCUGUACGGCCAGGACUCCGCCAAGAUCUUGGCCAUUGAGACGGCAAUGCAGCUCACGUUUGACAGAAACUGUGACCGGAAGCAGCCGAAGUACUGGCCUGUUAUCCCUCUGAAACUGUGACUUUGCUGCAGGUAGAAUCAUAAAAUUAAGUUAUUUUAGGCACAGUUGUGGAUUAGUAAACAUUUCGUAUAUAUUAUCGUGUUCUAUCCUCACAGAACCAGCAUUUUGGGAGCUGAUAAAAUGCUUUUUUUUUUGGAAAACAGGUCCCAGAGUAAAACAUUUUUAAAUCGCCACCUUUGAGUUUUCAUAGAUAAAAUUAUCAUGUCACACUUUUAUAACCCUUAACCACACUAUACGUACCACAUACAGGCCUGGAGUAUAUAUACCUCAACAUUUAGAGUUGUUUUGUGUGCAUGAACACAUUUCGGGAAAGUUUUUAAAAAUAAAAAGUAUAGGAAAAGUUCAGUUUCCAUGUGGAUAAGGACUAAAAAGUGACUUAAAUUAAUUAAAUCUCAUGGUUGUCAUAAAACAUGCAACACUGAGUCUUAUGAUGUUCUAAAUGUGUUGCGUAUAAAGGCUAACGCGCAGUACCUAACCUUAAAGCUUUUUAGGACAGAAUCAAAUUAAGCUGAGUGUGUGUUUCCCUCUAAUCUGUUGUUGUUAUUUACCUCAUAGCUCGCCGAUGCUUCAUCCUGCAGCGGCUCCUCUCAUAACCACAACUAUUUAUACACAAAUGUUUCAACACACUCAGUGAUGUGUAGUUCCUGUUGUGUGUUUAAGGAGAAAUCUUGAAUAUUCUCUUUUUUUAUAUACUGAAGUGUGUUUGUUUUUACAUAAUAAACUGUUACUUGUUUGGAUAAAAAAAAACAGCGUGUGGUUCCUGUUCUCGAUGACACGCUGUGACUGCGAUUCAGCUUUUUCUACAUUUAGAAACUGGGUCAGUGUUUUGUUAGUGUAUAUUUCAUUCAGGAUUUCUAAUGCUGAAUCUGCAUUUUACGGAGAUAUUUGUUCAUCCAGAGAAUGUCCACAGUGUCUGUGUAAUGUUUUAUCUUACCAGUGAUGUUCAUCUUGAGUCACUGACCUUCUGACCCCACCUAAUACCAUUAUGUAAUGGGUCAAACUGACGUAUGUCCUCGCAGAUUAUGUUUUAUUUUUUUAUGCAAAGACAAAACAGGAAAUGUUCAAACUAGCUACAGUCAUGCUGGAUAUGUUAGCCUCCAUUUUGUGUAAUUUUUUUAAAUUUAAAAGUUUCUGUUUGACAAAUUCCUUUGCCAAAUUAUGUCAAGAAACAAUAUGAAAAAGGAAAUAUGUGUUCACUAUAUACAAUUGUUUUCAUUUAGUGUA